CCCUUUUCCUCCCCUGUGGGCGGGACCUGCCGCCGCCGCGUCGCGGGCGUGUGACGCGCUAGUGGCUGCGACGCUUUGCUCUGUGUGGCUCUCCCUCCCAGGCCCUGAAUGCGGCCGGGCCCGGGUUGGUUUCUGCUCCCCACCUCCCGGGCCGGGCUCCCCGUGAGGCGAAGGGGCCCCAUGUGAGAAAGCCGGAGACGGAAAGAUGACCUCGAGGAGGUGAGCGGGGAAGAACGGCAGGCCCCGCCCCUCCGCUCUUCCUGUGGGGGAAGGGGGCUUGGCCCCUCCCCACUGCUGUUGCCAUGGGGACAGGUGGGGGUAGCCCCAAUCCCUCAGGUCCUUAGUGGGGUGGGGUGAGGUGGGGGGCGGCCUUUCCUUUGCCGCAGGACAGGCUAUACGGGGGCGGGGGGGGCGGAGAAGCAGAGGGGCUCCUUCCCCCUGCAAUGAAGACAGCCCCCAGUUCUAGCCUGGCGAAGAGAGCGAGCUCGUACUCUGCUUCUCCACACCAUGCAUUUAAAAGCACAUGCAACGCCACAUUUAAAGCCCAUGAGAGAGUCCUGGGAACUGUAGGUUGCCCAGAGUGCUGGGAAUUGUAGCUCUCUCUGUGUGUUUGGACUUGCAGCUCCCAGGAUUCCUUCUGGGGGCGGGGGAAGUCAUGGUGUGCUUGCUUUGAAGGUGUGCUUGAUGUGGGUCGGCAGCCAGAUCCCUUGGCCGAGUCAGCUGCAGAGAUUUGUGGGGACUGUGCUGGACUGUGUGUAGGGGAGGGAGGGGACUUUGGAGGCCAGGAACAACGAUGUUCCCAGAACAUAUAAGCCAGGGGCUUUACAAGGCUUAAAGGUUCACGGGCAGCCAAGCAACCCAUGUUCCAAGGAAAGGUGGCUUUGGGAAACUACAUCCUCUCUCAUCUUUUGCAUAAUUCAGUGUGCUCUUAUCACUUCACCUGUCUCUACUACACCAUACAUCAAAAGUUUCCCUCUUAGCAAACUACAGUUCCCAUGAUUCUUUGGGGAAAGUCAUGUGUUUUAAAUGUGUGUUGGAUGUGCUUUAAAGGCAUGGUGCAGAUCUGCCCUGCCUCUUCACAAAAAAGCUCCUCACUGCAAGAUGUGGCUAUCAACUUUAAAUGUCUAUGGCUGUUCUUUGCUCUCUUGUUUUGGUAAUGUGGUUGGCUGUUUUGUUUUUGAUCCUUCUUCGUGCAAUGCAUUACUAAUUUGUGGAAUUUUAAACUAUGAAUCUGUAUCUUGCUGUAUUGUUGUGCUGGAUGUUUUCUGUGUUUUAAAUAUUUCCCAGAAGCCCUAAAAGGUAGGGUGGAAAUGUCUUAAUAAAAUUUCCCACUGCCAAAUGGGGUGGUGACCACUAGCUGUAGAAGGGGAUUUUAGGCAAAUUAAGAACCAAAGAAGAAGAACCCUGCAAAAGCUCACCUAGUCUAGCAUCCUACUCAUAAUGGGCAGCCAGAUGCCUUGAACAAUUUGGAAUGUGUCAUUGAACUGUCAUAGUGCCCCUCGCUUGCCUGUUAUUGGAGUGUUGAAAACUCAGACUUUUGUAUUGCUGGAAUGUUGCCUACUGUAACAAAGAUAUCCUGUUCUCGCAGUGGCCAGCCAGAUGUUUGGACAGCCUGAGUGCAACAGCAUCCUCCCAGCUUGUGAUUCUCAGCAACUAGUGUUCAGAGGCAUUCUGCCUCCUACAGUGGAAUUAGAACAUAGCUAUUAUGACUCUUCUUUGGUAUCCUUAUUCUCUAAGAAUUUGUCUAUACAGUGGUACCUCGGGUUACAUACGCUUCAGGUUACAUACGCUUCAGGUUACACACUCCACUAACCCAGAAAUAGUGCUUCAGGUUAAGAACUUUGCUUCAGGAUAAGAACAGAAAUCAGGCUCUGGUGGCAGCAGGAGGCCCCAUUAGCUAAAGUGGUGCUUCAGGUUAAGAACAGUUUCAGGUUAAGAACAGACCUCUGGAACGAAUUAAGUACUUAACCCGAGGUACCACUGUAUCCUUUUUAAAGCCAUACAAAUUGGUAGCCAUCACUACAUCUUGUAAUGAAUUUCAUAGUUUUAACUAUGUGAUGUAUGAAGAAGCACCUACUGUACUUUUGACCUCAUUGGACAGCCCUAAGUUCUCAUGUUAUGAGAGCUGGAUAAACACUUUCUCCACACAUUAUUUUAGUGAUGGCUGUGUGAAAUCUCCAGGUUCAGAGGCAGUCUGUCCUGAAUGUCAGUUGUUGGGGGACAACAGAGAGUGAUUAUGCCCUGCCUUGUCUUGUGGUCAUCUUUCUGCCAACUCUGAGAAGUAGGUUGAUGGACCAGAAACAGCUUUGGUCUGAUCUUUCAGGGCUGCCAUUAAAGCAUUAUGGGCAAAUGAGAACAGUGCCCAGGCAUUUGGGUCGUAAGUGGUUGAAAGCCAGGUGCAAAAUGUGCCUGAUGUCUGGCUCGUUUCAAACACCUCCCAAUACUAAAAUUUGUCAGUUUUGUAUCCCAUACCCUCCUGGUCACAUUUUUUGAUUGGAUGCUAUCUCAGUUCCUUUUAAAUACCAGUCCUACUCCAGCAUUGCCAAGCAUAUUCAUUUUUAAUUCCUGAUUUUGUUUUAUUGAUAAGAGCCCUUUAUAUUUCCUUAUAUUCCCCAUUAUAGGUGAGGUAUAACCUGUCAUACAUUGGAUUACAUUAGCAAAUAAUUUCAAAAAAAUGCUUCCUGCAGGCCCACCACCAUUUUCUUCUUCUCUGUAUUUGUAAAAUGGCAUAGCCCGCCUCAGACCCUAGAAUCAGGGUGGUAUAUCAGCCUUAAAUGAGUGUCUGACGUCUGAGUGCUGUUGUUCCGAUCACAUUUCCGGAACCACUUGGCAUAACUUGUUGGCCUACGGCUGACUUGAUACACCCCCAAAUCCUUCUAUUUUUGGCCAUUGACAAAAUGCCGCUUCCCACUUUGAGCCAAAUAUACCUGGAGCCCCAGAUAGCCUCGGGACAAAAGUUACAAAUAGAGCAGCCACCUCGGCCAGUGACUGCCGGAACUCCCAUUCUUCCUCUGGGUUCCAUUAGAUGGGUUGAGUCUGGGGCUUUUUAUGGUCUCUGCUUCAGGUUUUCAAAAUGGCUCCUUUAAAUCCCACAGCCAAACCCCCACAAAAUUCUGUGGCAGCCAUUAAGAUUUUGCCAGGUGCUGUUAGCUUGCAUUUCAUAAUCUGUGAAAUGGAAAAAUGUUGCUGGUGGGCUGUGAUGGUGGGUGGUAGAAGGUCAGAGGAAAAGAGGUAUUGAAAAAGAAUGGGCAGUGUGGGGAAUGGUGAGAAGUGAUUUUCAAGCUGCCCCCUGCCCCUCACAGCUCUAGCCUCCUCCCUUCCUGAAGAAGCCAAAGACUCACUUAGUCUUGAGUGGUCAUGUUCCACCUGCAGUGGAGCCCCAUUUUGCAUCAACUUGCCUGCUGAAGAACAUCAGAAGUCCUGAAGGCCACAGAGGAUGAUGGGGAAUUUCCGAGGUGCAUGUUCAGUGGUUCAUAUAGAGAAACCUUUGCCAACUUGGUGCCUUCCCGUCAGCCUGGUGGGAGUUGUAGUCUAGGUUGGCAAAGACUGAUGCUGAGCUUUGGUAGAUUGGUUGUGAUGGGCAAGCUGAAGCUUGCCUGCUGUUGCUGAUUCCUUUUUGUCAUCAAGGAACGUCUGAUGAGGUUUUAUGAAAUGUGGUUUUGACCAGUUCAGAUUACUGGUAAUUUCCAACCGGAGUUUGUUCUACCCAUGGUUUACACUUUAUUUUUGAAAGCCGCCCUGAGAACGUUUCUGCCUAAAGGGUGGGAUAAAAAGGUAAAGGGAGACCCCUGAUCAUUAGGUCCAGUCGUGCCCGACUCUGGGGUUGCGGCGCUCAUCUCCCUUUAUUGGCCGAGGGAGCCGGCGUACAGCUUCCAGGUCAUGUGGCCAGCAUGACUAAGCCGCUUCUGGCGAACCAGAGCAGCGCACGGAAAUGCCGUUUACCUUCCCGCUGGAAUGGUACCUAUUUAUCUACUUGCACUUUGACGUGCUUUCGAACUGCUAGGUUGGCAGGAGCAAGGACUGAGCAACGGGAGCUCACCCCAUCGCGGGGAUUCGAACCGCCGACCUUCUGGUCAGCAAGUCCUAGGCUCUGUGGUUUAACCCACAGCGCCACCUGCGUCCUGUAAAGGGUGGGAUAGAAUUGCUAUAAAUAAAUUAACAAACAAACAAAUAAUAAUGAUUGAUUCUAAGCUAUGGUUUGUGGUCCACGUGGCUUGAAUAGUUUCGCUCUUCAUUCCAUGAGGAUCCCUGGAUCCUUUUUUUAAUGAGGUUAUUAUUAUCUCCCCCAAUAAAACAGUAAAAUAGCAGGUACAAAAAAUACAAAAAAGUCCUCUCUUAAAAGAAAUUCUUAGACAUAACCACCCACAGAAGUUCUUACCUGAACUCUUUCCUUUCUUCUCCCAGCCUCUCACCCUGGGAGGCCGUCAUUUUCCUGUCUCUCAUCCAGGGCCCUCCAUCAGCUAUCUGCCCCCCCCCAUGAGUAUACAAAUUAGAACCUUAAUAAAGGCCACAGACAUAGGACUCUAAAGAAAGAAGAAAAUAAAGAAGGAAAUGGAUAAUAAGAAGAGAGGAAAGAGAAAGAAAAUAAGCUUUAAAAGACAAAAGAAAAAUAAACAUUUGAGAAAGAUACAAAAACAAAACUUCCGAUUUUACAUCUGCCAGUUACAUAAAAAAGAGGCGUGUUUAAAUCAUUCAAUCCAUGCUAACAUCUGUCUUCUCCACUUUCUGUUAUUUGCUUCAAGUCACGGUGUCUCCGAAUCAUUCAUUUCUUUUCAUCAUGAAAAGUCCAAGACCCACUGUCAAAGAUCCCUGGAUCCUAUUCCAAAUAUCAGCCAACAUUUCAAACCAUGGAUUGACAAUUUAGAUUAAUGCUAAACCACACCUUGGCCCAAAGGACUGCAAGCCAACUUCAGGGGCUGUGGCUUCAGAUCCUGGUUUGGCAUACACUUACAAGUCAUUCCCACCCACUCCCCGCGCCCCCCGAUGGUGCUGGUUCAAAAAUCAGAGAAACCGUGGUUUGGUUUUAAAUCUGAAGCAAUUCCACUGAACUGGUGGAAGCCCAAGACAAGCGGGGUAGAAAGGAAGAGAGAAGAACCGGGGAGCACACAUAGCUAGUGUAGCGUUCCCUGUGCGAUUCGAUUUGCAUGAAUUUCUAGGUAGUAUUUUUUUAAAAACCAGGGUUCUUGCUGGCCUCCCCCAUCCCCAAAGUCUAAAUCUAGAUUGCAAGUUCAUCAGGGCAGGGACCUGGCGCUUUGUUCUGUUACUCUAAACUAGGCUUCCUCAACCUCAUCCCUCCAGAUGUUUUUGGCCUACAGAUGAUCCCUAGCUAGCAGGACCAUUGGUCAGGGAUGAUGGGAACUGUAGUCUCAAAACAUCUGGAGGGCUGAGGUUGAGAAAGCCUGCUCUAAGCACUGCCCAAUGGUGCAGUAUAUAAAUAUCUUAAUUACCAAUGAUGAUAACUCAUUAGGCUUUUCAGGAAUCUUGAGUCUUUGCCCCAGGGUGGGAAGUGCAGCCUAAGCCAAAAUGUUGGCUCAAGUUAGCCAUAUUUCUAAAAAUAAGUCAGACAGCACUGACAGCAUAGGCGGCAAACGCUGGGUGAAAGGUGCUGUUUGCGUGGAGGACUUCGCUGGCAAGGUGCUAUAUUAGUCACGGGAAAGGAUGGUUGUGGGUGGCGAAGACCAAGAGGAUAUAUGGAGGGCACUUGCAAGGUAUUCCCAGGCUGGGAUGGCAUUGAGUCUUUGCGAAGUCUGCCAGCUCAACGCUUCAGAGGAAUCCUUUGGAGCUGAACCUUCUAAAGGCACGAGUGGAUUCCCCAUCAGCUUUCGCAGCUGCAUUUGUGAAGCAUGAGGUUGUAUCUUCCCUGUUGGUUUGUCUUACUCUGUUUGAAGUCUCGGUUGGCAAUGCAAAUCCUUCUCAUGGGGCUUCUCCCACAAAUGAAAGUCUUAUAACUUAGAGAGAGAGAGAGAGAAGGGAGAUUUUGCCCCGCAUAGUCUUGUCAUUGCAUUUACUUUACUCAGGCAUGCAAACAGCUGCUCGCCUGUGGCGAUCAGGUGCUAGCUGCAGGGGAGCAUCUGUAAAUGGCAGGUGGGCUGGUUCUCUUUCCUUUCAGGUUAUCAGCGCGCCAUAGGUAAAGGUAAAGGGAACCCUGACCAUUAGGUCCAGUUGUGGCCGACUCUGGGGUUGCGGCGCUUAUCUCGCUUUAUUGGCCGAGGGAGCCGGUGUACAGCUUCCGGGUCAUGUGGCCAGCAUGACUAAGCCGCUUCUGGCGAACCAGAGUAGCGCACGGAAACGCUGUUUACCUUCCCGCCAGAGCGGUACCUAUUUAUCUACUUGCACUUUGUUUGACGUGCUUUCGAACUGCUAGGUUGGCAGGAGCAGGGACCGAGCAACGGGAGCUCACCCCGUCGUGGGGAUUCGAACCGCCGACCUUCUGAUCGGCAAGUCCUAGGAUCUGUGGUUUAACCCACAGCGCCACCCGCGUCCCUUCAGCGCGCCAUAGAUGACACAAGAGUAAAGGAAGGGCCGUGCUUCAGUGGCAGCACAAUGCUUUGCAUUUAGAAGCACCUGGGUUCAAUCCCUGGCGUCUCAGGUAGGGCUGGGGAAGGCUCUGGUCUGGAAUGCUGGAGCAUUGCUGCCGGUCAGUGUAGACAAUAUUGAACCAGAUGGGCCACAAGCAUAUUCAAUGUGUAAAUAAUAUGUUUUUGUUUUAAGAGGACUAGUAGUAUGAGGAUUUGUUCGGUUUUGCUCAUGACUUAGAUUGCUAAAACAUGGCUUUUUUGUUGCUGCGGGGGGGGACCCCAUUCUUUCUCUCUCUUUUUUUUAAUGGUAUUUUUUAUUAAUUUUAACAUAUUAUAAAAUGUACCACAAAACUUAUCACUUAUACAAUCUUUUUGGACUUCCAUCAGCACCUCUGAUGAUCCACCGUUUUAACCACUUCUUAUGCAUUUCUUAACUUUAUAUUGCCUUUACACCUCUUAACAAAUCAUCCUUCCCCCUUAUCCAUUUUUACAGUACUUCUAAUAAUACUCCUCACAAAACUUUUUGCAACCCUACAAAUGUCGUCUGUUCUUCACAAUUACUUUUCUAAUAGUCCGUAAAUUUACUCCAGUCUUCCGUGAAUUUCUGGUCUCGCCGGUUUCGAAUCCUUCCUGUUAGUUUAUCUAAUUCUGCAUAGUCCAUUAACUUCAUCCUCCAUUCUUCAAUCGUUGGUAACUCUUCUUGCUUCCAUUUUUGGGCCAAUAAUAUUCUUGCUGCUGUUACUGCAUAUAAAAAGAGCUUACAUUCCUUUCUAUUUAUAUCACACCCCACCAUUCUUUCUCUUUAUAGAUGGUUUCACCCAAAUAUUACCGGAGUGGAGGCAGAGAACCUUCUGCUGACACGAGGAGUAGAUGGCAGCUUUCUGGCCCGGCCCAGCAAGAGCAACCCUGGGGACUUCACCCUUUCAGUUCGGUGAGUCAAUUGUGAGAGAGAGUUUUGCAUGCAGGAGAUCCUAGGGUCAGUCCCAUUCAAUCUCCAUUUGACAACCUUACUAAGACCUCUUUAAUCAGGUGAUUGGCCUAGAGUAUAUGUAUGCAAAUAUAGCCAUAGUUUCAUUGUGUGGUGAACCAGCAACCCCUUUCCUUCCUCCCUUUGGAGGUUGAGAAGCCCAGUUUCUGAAGAGGGCAGCGAAGUGGGAGGAGGGAGCCUGGCCUGAGAUCACAGGCCUUGGAGAGCCGCUGCCAAUCAGAUAAUUUAGAUAAAGGGUGGGGAAACUGCAGCCUUCACAGUGUGGCUGGAUUCCCCUUCCCAUCAGCAUCCGACUAAACAUCAGGAAUGACUUUCUGACAGUAAGAACAGUUAAACAGUAUCCCUUGAAAAGUUGUGGACUCUCCUUCCUUGGAGAUUCUAAAGCAGAGGUCAGAUGGCCAUCUUGUCAGGGAUUCUUUAGCUGGAUUCCUGCAUCGCAGGGGGUCAGACUUGAUGACCCUCGAGGUCCCUUUCAACUCUACAAUUUUUGUUUUCAUUCUAUGAACAUAAAUGUAAAGGGACCCCUGACCAUUAGGUCCAGUCGUGGCUGACUCUGGGGUUGUGGCGCUCAUCUUGCUUUAUUGGCCGAGGGAGCCGGCGUACAGCUUCUGGGUCAUGUGGCCAGCAUGACUAAGCUGCUUCUGGCGAACCAGAGCAGCGCACGGAAGGGCCGUUUACCUUCCCGCCAGAGCAGUACUGAUUUAUCUACUUGCACUUUGAUGUGCUUUUGAACUGCUAGGUUGGCAGGAGCAGGGACCAAGCAACGGGAGCUCACCACGUCGUGGGGAUUCGAACCGCCGACCUUCUGAUCGGCAAGCCCUAGGCUCUGUGGUUUAACCCACAGCGCCACCUGCGUCCCUAUGAGCAUACUUGAACGCUAAUUGCAGGAGAAUCAUCUUUGUUGUUAGAACCCAAAAAACUUGUAGAACCUUGGGAGAAGGUUAAAGACACUUGCUUUUUGCCGCUCUCGCUCACUGCAGGCAGUACAUUUAAAAACAAAAGCAGAAAACAUAGGCACUGAGCUCAGCUCGGUGCCCCAAGCGGCCACCUGCUCUCCCACAUCCAAGGCCGGCCCUGACGGGGAGAGAUGGGUCUGACUUGAUACAAGGCAGCUCCAUGUGAUCAUAUAUGCGUUCUUGUAAGUCGGCUUUCUUGCUGUCUCAACCAGGCGGAAUGGAGCAGUCACCCACAUCAAGAUCCAGAAUACAGGCGACUACUACGACCUCUAUGGAGGGGAGAAGUUUGCCACCUUGGCAGAGCUGGUACAGUAUUACAUGGAACAUCACGGGCAGCUCAAGGAGAAGAACGGCGACGUGAUCGAGCUGAAGUAUCCGCUCAACUGUGCUGACCCCACGUCUGAAAGGUGAGAAAGCCGGGAGUUGUGCGAGGAGGCGGCUGGGCACCAAACAGGAUGAUUUCCUGGUGAUAGGGCAUGACGACUGUGGUGGCGUCAAGCAGUGGCGGAGGAACCCUCUCCAGCACCUGGGGCGGGGCAGCCUGUACAGAGUGCGCAUUUGCGGCAUCCUGUGUGUGCGCACUCUGUACGGGAUGCUGCACAUGCGCACUCCGUACGGGCUGCUGCUUGCACAGCGACCAUACAGGCUGCCACACAAGCGGCAUCCCAUACGGAGUGUACAUGUGCGGCAGCCCAUACAGUCGCCAUGCAAGAGGCAGCCUGUACGGACGCUGCGUGCCCUUGGCCACUCUGCAGCUGGAGGGAGGCAGGGGCCAUCUUUUAUCCACCCCCAGAGUGGCACCUGGGGCGGAUUGCCCCCUCUGCCCCCCACUUUGUACGCCCCUGGCGUCAAGGUAGCCCCUGCAAAUUCUGGGUGUGGCCAGUGUUAGCAUUAAUGGUCUAGGUGCGAGCAGGCCCGGCUUCCCCCCGAGUCAGGCCUACUGGUGAACCAAGCUGGUCAGCAGCUUUACAGGGCUAGGAGAGACCCUCUUGCCCUCUUGGGUCAUCUGAUCCCUCCUGAGUUUGACGCUGCAGGACCACCCUUUGGCCACCUGCAGUGGUGGCUCUGCAGUGCAGGCGGUAGCUCACCCUGCUUAUGCACUGCCUUUUCACUUUGCUUUUAUGUCCUUUAAAAUAUUUUUGGCUAUACAGUAAGCCCGCAACUUACACACAUUUAACUUGUGUACAUUCAGCUUUACACGCUUGGCAAACAAAUAAAUAUUUUUUUUAAAGAGAGGAUGGGUGCCUGGGGAAAAAGACUUUGUAAUUCCAUCUGCCAUCGAACCCUGUGUGUUUUGACAAUACAUGAUUUUGGCUUUAGGCACAGUAUCCGGAACGUAACCCCGCGGGUAACCUGCGGGCUUCCUGUAAUUUAGCUGUUUCCUAAAAUUUAUGUACCGCUUGAUUGUGAUUUGCAAGAAGGAAAAUAAAAUAAAAUUAUCAGGAAAUACAGUUAAAAUCAACUUUUAAAAACAUUUUAAAAAAUAAAAUCAAUGAUAAACAGAAAACAGAUUAAAACAAGUGUCCGCAUUACAUGUAUGUGAAUAGGCUUGCCUAAAAAUGUUUCUGGCAGGCGCUGAAAGGAGUACAGUACAGCAAAGGUGGCUGCCUGAUGUCAACAGGCAGGGAGUUCCAAAGUGUAGGUGCCAACACACUAAAAGAUUGCUUUCUUACGAAUGCAGAGUGAGUAUUAUGUGGCACCUGUACCAGGGCCAGUUUUGCAGAUUGAAGCAGUGUAGUGGGCCUAUGUGGAGUAAGUCCAUCUGGCACGUAAAUGGGUCCCAAGUUGUUAAUGGUUUUGUAUAUUAAUAGCAACAUAUUGAACUUGGCCUGGUAACAAAUCGGCAACUGGUGCAGGUCUCUGGGCAGAGGUGUUACAUAAGAGUGAAGUGUGCCUUCCAGUUUCAGCGACCACUUUUUUUAAAAGAAAUGUAUAUUUAAAAGGCUUGUGCAUCAGGUAUCAUAAAUUUUGGCACUUCUGCAUUGACCCCUACAUCACACCUGUUUGUGGAACAGUUGCUGAGCGCAGGGUUCGAAAUUAACAGGGUGCCAGGCGCAUUUUGCGCCUAAAGAUUCUCCAUUUGCGAGCACCUCCAAAAGUCUGGGUGCCAUUUUUUAGUGCCUGGCCAACGCUCAAGGAUUACUGAAAUGUAUGUGAUUUGAAGCUUCGAAGUAUAUGUGAAGGAUAGACAAUAUAUUAAGGAGUCUAACAGUAAAGAACAGAGUGUUUUGAAAACUGAACUGUGGUACCAAUAUUUUUAUUGUAAACACCAAAUUAAGCAUGCAUUAACAAUUUCUGCUAAAACUGUGUCACUUAUGUGAAUUGCAUCUCUCCCCCCCCCCCCCCGGUGGUGACUAGACUUUCUGUUUUGGCGCCCACUACUCAGGUCCUGGAAGCCAUUUGGCUCCUAGCUUUUCUAUCCCACUGGCUGAGUGCAGGCAACUAGUGUGUUGGCCCGAUGCGACUCACCUCAUUUUGCUGCCUUUCCAAAGGUGGUUUCAUGGGCAUCUUUCUGGAAAAGAAGCGGAGAAGCUGUUGACAGAAAAAGGGAAACAUGGGAGUUUUCUUGUCCGCGAGAGCCAGAGCCACCCGGGAGACUUUGUCCUUUCCGUUCGGACGGGGGACGAUAAAGGAGAGAGCAACGAUGGGAAGUCCAAAGUGACGCAUGUCAUGAUCCGGUGCCAGGUAAAGGAAUGAGGAUGUGGGUGAGGCAAAGAAGCUGUAGGCCUGGAGGAGGAAAUUGCUGGAGCAAUUUCUGGGUGUGCUUUAAUGGAGGUGGAAAGUUUGCAUUCUGGUUCUCUGCAUCUAGGUAAAGGUAAAGGGACCCCUGACCAUUAGGUCCAGUCGUGGCCGAUUCUGGGGUUGCGGCGCUCAUCUUGCUUUAUUGGCUGAGGGAGCCGGCGUACAGCUUCUGGGUCAUGUGGCCAGCAUGACUAAGCCGCUUCUGGCGAACCAGAGCAGAGCACGGAAACGCCGUUUACCUUCCCGCCGGAGCGGUACCUAUUUAUCUACUUGCACUUUGAUGUGCUUUCGAACUGCUAGGUUGGCAGGAGCUGGACUGAGCAACGGGAGCUUACCCCGUCGCGGGGAUUCAAACCGCCGACCUUCUGAUUGGCAAGUCCUAGGUUCUGUGGUUUAACCCACAGCGCCACCCACGUCCCUCUCUGCAUCUAAUUGCAGUCAAAUCUUGGUUCCCGGAUGCCUCUGUUUUGGAACGUUUCGGCUCCCGAAUGUCGAAAACCCAGAUCUAAGUGUUCCGGUUUUUAAACGUUUUUCAGAACCCGAACGGCCGACACGGCUUCUGUUUGAAUGCAAGAAGCUCUUGCAGCCAACCGGAAAGCCGCACCUCGGUUGUUGAAUGUUUUGGAAGUCGAACGGUCUUCCAGAAUGGAUUACGUUUGACAACCGAGGUUUGACUGUAGUGGAGGAUUUUUUUACUGUAUCCCCCCCCCCCAUUUUUUAUUAAAGUUUUUUUUUUUGUAAUACAAUACAAUCAAAAACAAGGUAAUCUAAAUAAAAACAGCUAAAGAAAAGAAAAUGCAGAGUCCUCUCUCGAAGGUAGCUCUUCGUUCUUGUCUCACACAGAAAGGGUGGAUCCUCGCAGCUUUCACCUGGGAAUUUUUCUUUCUUCUCUGAGCCUCCCUCCCUGGGAGAUCUUUCACCCAGUGACCUUCACUGACCAUCCAUCACCGUUGUGUCUGUAUAAUCCCAAUAAAGACCUAGAGCAGAGGAGACCAAGGAAAACGAAAGAGAAAGAAAGAAAGAAUAAUGAAGAUAAAAGGAAAGAGAAAGAGAAAUCCUCCUCCUAAGCCAGCAACUUUAAAGAAUUAAAAAUGUGCUUUUUGGUGUGUGCUGAGGCUGGGGUUUUAGUCCUAUGCAGGUUUAUGCAGCCUGAAUUGAUUUUCUUGAUAGAUGGAAAAUAAUUUCUAAAAGUGACUGGCCUAGAAUAAAUUAUGCAAAUCCCGGGCACCCGCGUGCAUAGCUAACUAGCGCCUGUCUCUUCUCCUUUCCUUCCAAGGAUAUGAAAUACGACGUUGGUGGAGGGGAGAGAUUUGAUUCCUUGACAGACCUUGUGGAGCAUUACAAGAAGAACCCCAUGGUGGAAACCCUGGGGACAGUCCUUCAACUGAAGCAGGUGAGAAGAAAAGCUCCUGGUGAUGAGCAUUUUGGAGAGGGAUGGGAUCCAGUCCUCUGCAAUGGCCCUGGUGUGCUCAUGGGCCCGUGUGCUUUUGUGUGCAGAGUGAGCCCUUCCGUGUGGAUCCCUUCCCUCUCCAGGCUUCUGAUCCUCGGCAGGGCAUUGCUUUGCAAGCAGAAGGUCCCAGAUCCCUGGCAUUUGAUGGCUGGCUCCUUUCAGAGCACAGUAUCAGUUGAAACUUAGUUUUUUACGUUCACAGAACAUGCUCUUCUAAAUGUAUGUUUCCCCCCUCGUUGCCCUGAUCUUGACUUUGGAGAAAGGGCUAUAAGGGCCGCUUUGGAAGUCAAUGCAAGGGCCAGGUGCCACCAUGCCCCCCCCUCAAAAAACUUUGCUUACAGCCCCCAAGCUGGAUGAAUGGGUCUUGAAUCCAAACUCUUGGAAAUAGGUGCAUCAUUUGGAGCGCAUGAACAUUUUCCAUACAGUAUGAAUGGAUCUUACAUGGGAGCUCUGUCCCAGGGAUGGUAAAGUAAAGGUAAAGGGACCCCUGCCCAUUAGGUCCAGUCGUGGACGACCCUGGGGUUGCAGUCCUCAUCUCGGUUUAUUGGCCGAGGGAGCCGGUGUACAGCUUCCAGGUCAUGUGGCCAGCAUGACUAAGCCGCUUCUGGCAAACCAGAGCAGCGCACAGAAAUGCCGUUUACCUUCCCGCCGGAGUGGUACCUAUUUAUCUACUUGCACUUUGAUGUGCUUUCGAACUGCUAGGUUGGCAGGAGCAGGGACCGAGCAACGGGAGCUCCCCCCGUUGCGGGGAUUCGAACCACCGAUCCUUCUGAUCGGCAAGUCCUAGGCUCUGUGGUUUAACCCACAGCGCCACCCGUGUCCCUCCCCUGGAUGGUGCCUAUACACAAAAACGUCUAUGCUCACCUGCCUCUCUUUCUUCCUCCACAGCCCCUCAACACCACCCGCAUCAAUGCGGCAGAGAUUGAGAGCCGUGUCAAAGAACUGAGCAAGCUGGCAGAGACCACCGACAAAGUUAAACAAGGCUUCUGGGAAGAAUUUGAGGUAAGUGGGGUCUUCUGCCUCCACUGUCGGAGUCAGUAAGUGCUUCCGAAUGCAAGUUGCUGGAAACCACAGGAAGGGAGAGGGCUGUUGUGCUUGAAUCUUGCUUGAGGGUUUUCCAUUGGGGCAACUGGUUGGCCACCGUGAGAAGAGGAUGCUAGACUAGACGUGCCAUUGGCCUGAUCUAGCCAUUGACUCUUCUUAACUAAAAGUGUGUCGCGUGUGGAGCUGUUUUGCGUGCAUCUGUGAUUUCGCAUAUUGCUUUGAACUUACCAGCUCGUCGCUUGGGCUGCAGUUGGUUUCUUGUGCAUGUUCAGUCUUUCAGUACAACUCGGAACAAUGGUUGUGAGUUGCUCUUAGAGUUUAGGCACUUCUGAGGAACAAACUUUGCCUCCCAACGUUUUCUUUGCCUCUGGGUGAGGUUGCUGGUUUGUUGGUGGAAAGGUAAGAGCUUUCCAUAGCAUCGCUGCGGCACCACUAGAGGGAGCCAUGGCACCGAUGGAUUUCUCUGGGUGCUUCUUCCUAAAGACUCAGUGGCUAUUGCCCAGCUUGAGAGACCCACUAAGCAUUUUGGUUUUCUGUGACCGAAAAAGGACCUUGUUUUUAAACCUGGUUAAGGAGGCAAACCAGGGGACAUGUGGUCUAAACCACAGAGCCUAGGGCUUGCCGAUCAGAAGGUUGGCGGUUCAAAUCCCCGCGAUGGGGCGAGCUCCCGUUCCUCGGUCCCUGCUCCUGCCAACCUAGCAGUUUGAAAGCACGUCAAAGUGCAAGUAGAUAAAUAGGUACCACUCUGGCGGGAAGGUAAAUGGCGUUUCCGUACGCUGCUCUGGUUCGCCAGAAGCGGCUUAGUCAUGCUGGCCACAUGACCUGGAAGCUGUACGGCGGGUCCCUCGGCCAAUAAAGGGAGAUGAGCGCCGCAACCCCAGAGUCGGCCACGACUGGACCUAAUGGACAGGGGUCCCCUUUACCUUUUUAUCCCACCCUUUAGGCAGAAAUGUUCUCAGGGCGGCUGAAUCCGUGGAAUUCUAUAAAAUGCUUAGCGUUGGUUCACGGCCAUGGUUAUCCAGCUGCUGCUUACAAGGCAGGGUCCACCCUCAUCCCCGCAGGGAUAUUCAUAGUGGCAUCUUUCUUUGGCACUUGCCUUUGUGUCUUUGGCCCACGAUGGGUGGGGGUGGGCACAUGCUGGUGAAAUUCGGGGCUGGGGCUGGUGGAGGAAGCGGUAAACACUUUGCAAGAUUCGUUGAAUCCUCCUUGUUCUUUGUUCAGACUCUCCAGCAGCAAGAAUGCAAACUCCUCUACAGCCGUAAAGAGGGGCAGCGGCAGGAGAACAAGAACAAGAACAGAUACAAGAAUAUUUUGCCCUGUGAGUACUGAAUGCUCUGUCCUUGCCUCUUCCUCAAAGCCGAGAUUCCUGGCCAGUAAGAUUCACCCGGUUAACCUUUGAGCUUUCACGUCUGUUGGUGAGAAUGUGCAGCCUUCUUUUCUGACACUUCCAGUUAAAAGGGUCUCUGCUAGCAGGAGAGGCCCCUUUCCAUGCCACUCUGGAGAGCCGUUGGCAGGCCCUCUUCAGCCUGGUUCCCUCCUGAUGUGGCUGCGGCUCUCAACUCCCACCAUCCCUGGCCAUUGGCCAUGCUGACUGGAGUUAAUGGAAGUUUGAGCCGAGCAAUGUUCAAAUAUUUCCUUUGAAAAGUACGUGGAAACUUCAGCUGGUCCAGAAUGCUGCGGCCAGACUGCUGACGAGGCCAAACUGUUAGACUGUUGACUCAUAAAUAUUUUAAAAAAAUAUUUCCUCCCAGUUUUUAAAAGAAGUUUUACAAAGAUACAAAUCCAAUAUUUUCCCAAUAAACAUGUAUUUUUUUUUACUUCCCCCACCCCUUUUGGGGUUUCUUAUAUUUUUAAAAUUUGUAACACUGCAUUUCCUUCAUUAUGCCAAUUCUUAAUUACUCCCUGGUUUUCCUUUAACAUGAAUUUCAACUGCUUGGUUUUAAGUUAAUCCUGCCAAUGAACAUAUAUGUACAAAAACCUUUCAAAUAAUCCACAAAUUUUCCCCAGUCUUUGAUAAAGCUUUUUGGUUCUCCUGGUUUCUUAUUGCUCCCUAAAGUUUUGCCAUUUCUGCAUAGUCCAUUAAUUUAGUCUGUGACUCCUCCUUGGUUGGUGCAGAAUCUUCUUUCCAUCUCUGAGCAUAAAUGAUCCUGGCUGCGGUAGUAGCAUACAUAAACAGGGGUGGUGUGGUUUGUUUGUUUUUUGGUCUUUAGGUAACUCUGUACUGAUUAUCCCUAAAAGAAAACCUCCUGGUUUUUUAAUAAAAGUUACUUUAAACAUUUUCUUCAAUUCAUUAUAAAUCAUUUCCCAGAAAGCUUUUGCUAUCUUACAAAACCACUGACUGUUGAGGAUGUGCGUGGCUAUCACAUUUGGCCAUCGCAGGCUGGCUUAGAGUAGGGAUGGGAAGGCAAGUAGGAGGAGGAAGGAGAAAUUGAAAAGAAAUGAGGCAGUUUCUCCUCCGGUCUGCUUUCCCAUUCCACCUAACCUCAGCCAGCCAUGAUAGGUAAGGCUGGUUUUCAGCUUAGCAUGAAAUCUGGCCUGUAAUUAGCUCGUUUUGCCUGGAGAGAAAUUUCCAGCUCACGUUCUCACUAACACAGAGAAUAAACUUCUGAAAUGCUUUUUUCCCUGGUUGCCCGGGCACAACUGUGGUUCGCCCGAGGCAACCAGCUGGGUAGCAGUGGACAACUAAUAUCUGACUAAGUAAUUGCUGGUUGUAACUGUUUAAUAAGGUGUGUCUUUGUUUUUCCCUUCCCUCCUUCCAGUUGACCAUACCAGAGUUGUCCUUCAUGACGGUGAUCCGAAUGAGCCUGUUUCUGAUUACAUAAAUGCCAAUAUUAUCAUGGUAAGGGUGUUUGUGGGGACCCCCCCUCCUGCCUCUGGGAGACUUGCAGACUUAAUCUUUACUGUUGAGGGGAGGGGAUAGUCUGGAGGAGCAUCCCCUACCAGAUAGUUAGUGGACCCUAAUUACCUGUUGGUUGGACAGUGCUCUCGAAGCUGCCAACAUGAGCUUGACGUAACUGCGGGAGGCAAUGGAAGACAGGAGUGCCUGGCAUGCUCUGGUCCAGGGGGUCACGAAGAGUCGGACACGACUAAACGACUAAACAACACCAACAUUAUUACCUGUCUGGUGUGGGUAGGGGAGGGCCAAUCCUGGGAUAAGUUAAAUUUUUGUUGUUGUUUAGUCGUGUCCGACUCUUCGUGACUCCCUGGACCAGAGCACACCAGGCACUCCAGUCUUCCACUGCCUCCCGCAGUUUGGUCAAACUCAUGUUAGUAGCUUUGAGAACACUGUCCAACCAUCUCGUCCUCUGUCGUCCCCUUCUCCUUGUGCCCUCAAGGACCUUUUAGCUCCCGGUAUUUCAGCUGAGUUGUUGCAUUCAUUUAUUUGGAGCAUUUUUACCGUGUCCUUUAGCUAAAAAGGCUUAGAUGCAAUCAAUUAAAGAAAAUAGUCUCUCCCCACAGAUUUAUAAUCUGAACAUAUAACACGAAAGGAAGGAAUGGGGAGGCCAUCUCCCGCUUUUUCCUGCUGCUGGCAGGGCCCAUUUGAAGGAGAAGAGGCGCAAGGGAUGGUUGGCCUCUCCUUCCCUUAAUUAUGCCCCCAGCUCGGGAUGAACCAUGCUGCUUGGAAAGGAGGAGAGAUUUAGUUUCCAGAAAGUUGCCUCCCUUUGCUGAUUGCCCCUGCUGUUUUUAUAGAUAAGCUGUUAAGUUGAUGUUUAUUGUUUCCAUGCAUUCUUUAGUGUAAUCUGAUUUGUGAGGCUCAGCUGAAAAGGGCAGUGCAGUAGGAUUGUGUCUUGUGGGUGUGCGUGUUGUGUUCUUUGGGGAUGGGGGUCAGGGUAGUGUGGAAAGCUGAAACUGCAUACAGUGGUACCUUGGUUUUUGAACUUAAUCCGUUCCGGAAGACCGUUCGACUUCCGAAACAUUCAAAAACCAAGGCACAAAUGGCAGUCUGCCAAUUCAAUAGAGAAAAUUGUGAAAAACAACAGAUAGCCAUUUAUUUCUGAGGUGCGUUCGAAAACGGAAACAUUUACCUCCGGGUUUUCAGCGUUCGAAAACUGAAACGUCCAAAAACUGAGGUACCACAGUAUAGUCAAAACAACUCCCUAGAACCAGCCACACACAAGCAAUCUUACCUUCUGGAACCAGAGCUAGAUGUCGUGAAGGCUGCCAGAGGUUCCCAGAGCCUGGUAAGCAAGGCAGAGGGCUUCAAAGCUCUUUCUGCAAGGAGGGAGCACAUUGUUCUCCUUGGAGAAAAACGAUAUGCUAUAAAGGCAAGAGACAAACAAGCAAAUAAAAUAUCCUUUCCUUUGCUGGAAAUCAUCACUCAGGAACACAUUCUGUUCCGGAAUACUGUGCUGCUUUUGGGACAGGUGUGGCACAGGUGUGCGAAGGAAGAUUUCUGGUGGCAGAGUCUUCCAAAACAAAUCCUGCCCUGCUCCACUCUUGAAUGUCAUGGGAAUUCACGUGGAAGUAUCCUGAGUCUCUACCCUGGGACAUGAUGUGGGGCCCAGCCAGGCUGCGCCUUGCCCUUUUAAGACAAACUACAAACUUUUGCUUGAAGGCUUUUGUCUCAGCGAUUUAAUAAUAAUAACAACAAUAGUAAUAAUAGUAAUAAUAGUAAUAAUAAUAGUAGUAAUAAUAAUAACGAUAAUAAUUUAUACCCCGCCCUCCCCAGCCAAGGCCGGGCUCAGGGCAGCUAACAAGCAAAAAUAAAAACAAGUUGAAUGAAUACAACUUAAAAACAAGAUUAAAAUACAACAUUAAAAUAUCGAAACAUUAAAAUAUUAAAAUGCAGCCUCAUCACAGGAGGAGAAAGGAAAAGGAAGAGGGGGAGUGAAUCAAAUUGGCUCUAAGCCAAAGGCCAGGCGGAACAACUCUGUCUUACAGGUCCUGCGGAAAGAAAUCAGAUCCCGCAGGGCCCUGGUCUCAUGAGGCAGAGCGUUCCACCAGGCCGGAGCCAGUGUUGAGAAGGCCCUGGCUCUGGUUGAGGCUAAUCUGACUUCCUUAGGGCCCGGGACCUCUAGGGUGUUGCAAUUUAUGGACCUUAAGGUCCUCUGUGGGGCAUACCGGGAGAGGCGGUCCCGUAGGUACGAGGGUCCUAGGCUGUGAAGGGAAUGGUUGGGGGCUAUGGAGGUGGGUGUCAGUGUUGAGGUUUGUAUUUCAUUUUAAUCUUCCAGUUAGAGGGUGGGAGUAUUGUUCUGUUUAGUGUUUACGGGCUUCUAAUGUUUUCUACUACUGUAGCAGGGGUUGGUGUUUUGUUUUCUCAAUAUGGUGUAUGGAACAUUUAAUAUGUUAUAUCAGGCAUGUCCAACUCCCAAGAGACUGUGAUCUGCUCACAGUAUUAAAAUGCUGUCUGUGAUCUACCCGUUGUCAUUGCCAGGCAAACUUGAGCUUUUUUUAGGGGGAGCAAAAGUUGUUGAGCUUUUCUUAGGGGAGCCUAAGACCUUGGAUGCAACGCAAUCGACCGGAAGAUCGUGAUCGACCUGUUGGACACGCCCUUGUUAUAUGAUUCCCCCAUUUUCUAUGAAAUAAUGUAUUCAUGACUGUAUGUACCGUAUUUUUCGCUCUAUAAGACGCACUUUUCCCCUCCUAAAAAGUAAGGGGAAAUGUGUGUGCGUCUUAUGGAGCGAAUGCAGGCUUUGCGGGCUAUCCCAGAAGCCAGAACAGCAAGAGGGAGCGCUGCACAGCUAUCCCUGGCUUUUGCGGGAAAAGAAAAAGCACCCAAGAGCCACGCUCCCUUUAAAGAGUGUGCGGCUCUUGCGGGAGGUUGGGGGAAAGCCAGGACGCUUGCUUUCGCUGAAGCCAGGAGAGCAAGAGGGAUCAGCGCGCACCGAUCCCGCUUGCUCUCCUGACUUCAGGGAUAGCCCCGCAAAGCCUCCUGAGUGAAGAGGGAGUGCUCCCUCUUCGCUCAGGAGGCUUCUUAUUUCUUGUUUCCCCCCCCUCCCCUAAAAACUAGGUGCGUCUUAUGGAGUGAAAAGUUGCUUGAAGACCCUUUAGGUGAGAAGUGGCUUAUAACUUAACUAUUAUUCUUAUUUUGCAGCCGGAGUUUGAAACCAAGUGCAACAAUGCAAAGCCCAAGAAGAGCUACAUUGCCACCCAAGGCUGCUUGCAGAACACCGUCAACGACUUCUGGAGGAUGGUGUUCCAGGAGAACUCGCGCGUGAUCGUUAUGACGACGAAAGAAGUCGAGAGGGGAAAGGUAAGGAGCCCACCUCGCUCAGGGGAUCUUGCAAUGCUGAUCAGCCUCUGAGCCUAUCAAAACAAAAUAAAUUCCUUCCAGUAGCACCUUAGAGACCAACUAAGUUUGUUAUUGGUAUGAGCUUUCGUCUCAGGGUGGAUUUGAUUUACUUCCAUCAGCCUCCACAUCAUAUGGCCUCUCUGUCUGGGGAUGAUGGGAGUUGUAGCCCAAUACAUAUGGAGAACUUCAGUUGGCUGACAUUGAUGAAACCAGCAGCCCACCACCACCCUGUCUUGUUUUCCAGAGCAAGUGCGUAAAAUACUGGCCAGAUGAACAUGCCCUAAAAGAAUACGGUGUGAUGCGCGUCCGAAAUGUCAAAGAGAGUGCGGCUCAUGAUUACACGUUACGAGAACUCAAGCUUUCAAAGGUUGGGCAGGUAAGUCUGUGAAGUUAUUUCUUUAGUUCUGGCCAGCCUCUGGCUCAUAUUCUUCAAAUGUGGUAGCAGCCAGACCUAAAGAAGAGCCCGCUUCUGUCCCAUAUAUGUUUGUUUACAUACGGCUAAUCAUUAAAAAAAAAAAUCAGAGCAGUUUGUGCCAAUUGUACGAAAACCCAAACCAUAUAAAAAUGAUAAAAUCAGAAGUCAGCUAACGGUUGGAAAUCCUUAACUUCCUGAAAAGGCCAGGCAGAAUAGAAAAGUUUUUAGCAGUUGUUUAAAAGUUGAACCACGAAGCGCUUGCUGAAUCUCCAUUGGCAGGGAGUUCCACAGAACUGGGCCAAUGGCAUAAAAUGCACUGUUGUUGUCAAAGAAGCCUCGCCAACUUGGGGAAUGAUCAACAGUUCUCCUGAAGGUGAUCUCAGUGAUUGAACUGGAAUAUAAGGCAAUCCCUGAGGUACCCUGGAGCUAAGUUGUUCAGGGCUUUGUAAAAUCCACCCUCAGCACUAUCCAUGUCACACAUUAAAAACUUCCCUGAACAGGGCUGCCUUCAGAUGUCUUCUAAACGUCAGGUAGUUGUUUAUUUCUUUGACAUCUGAUGGGAGGGCGUUCCACAGGGCGGGUGCCACUACCGAGAAGGCCUUCUGCCUGGUUCCCUGUAAUCUAACUUCUCGCAGUGGGGGAACCGCCAGAAGGCCUUUGGAGCUGGACCUCAGUGUCCACGCUGAACGAUGGGGGUGAAGAUGCUUCUUCAGCAAACAUGGAGGCUGAGCAUAGCCAUUGGGGCUAGUCUCCAUUGAGAGCCCUCUUCUCCAUGAAUUGGUCCAAUUUUCUUUUAAAGCCUCCAAGUUUCGGCCAUUGCUGCUUCUUGGAGUGAGUUCCGUAGUUCAUGCAAUGUGUGAAGAAGGACUUUGUUUUAUCUGUCUUGAAUCUCUCCUCUGAAAAAAGGUCUUGGUUUGCCAGGAAUGCAUAUAAUGUUGGGGGGUGGGCAGUCUGAUCUCCUGAGGGAGGGGCUUCUUCUGUAACUGGGGUGCUGCUGUUGAGAUGACUCCUCCUCAUCUCCAGUGGCGCACCCUCCCCCACCCCCAAAGUGCUCCUUAAAAGGCAGGAAAAGAUAUUUGGCUGCCAUCUCUCCAGGGCAACACCGAACGAACAGUCUGGCAGUAUCACUUCAGAACCUGGCCUGACCAUGGAGUCCCCAGUGAUCCUGGAGGAGUUCUAGAUUUCUUAGAAGAGGUUCAUCACAAGCAAGAAAACAUCUCAGAUGCUGGCCCAGUUGUGGUCCAUUGCAGGUACUGUGAUGGUUGGGCUCUGCCAGGGGUAGGCAACCUAAGGCCCGUGGGCCAGAUGCGGCCCAAUUGCCUUCUCAGUCCGGCCCGUGGAUGGUUCGGGAAUCAGUGUGUUUUUACAUGAGUAGAAUGUGUCCUUUUAUUUAAAAUGCAUCUCUGGGUUAUUUGUGGGGCAUAGGAAUUCAUUCAUUUCCCCCCUCAAAAUAUAGUCUGGCCCACCACAAGGUCUGAGAGAUGGUGGACCGGCCCACGGCUGAAAAAGGUUGCUGACCCCUGGGCUAUGCCUUUGAUCUUAAGCACAACAUUUUUCAAAGCCAGAAGAAGCAGAAAUAUAAGUUGUGUGUCUGUGUUUUUCCCCUCUUUCCCCCUCCUUCCUAGUGCUGGAAUCGGCCGGACCGGAACAUUCAUUGUGAUAGAUAUUCUCAUUGACAUAAUCAGAGAGAAAGGUGAGUCCCACUGCUGUUGUGUCAGCCUUCGCCUGCCUGGUGGGUUACAAUUUCCAUCAGUCCCAGCCAACACAGCUGUAUGAUGCUGAGGCAGAUGGGAGCAUGGGCUUUCUGGAGGCAAGGGCUGAUGGGCCACGAAGGCAGAGCACAGCCAUCAUGGCUGGUAGCCACCAAUAGCCCUUCUCCUCCAUGAAUUUCUCCUACCCUCUUUUAAAGCCAUUCAGGUUGGUGGUCAUCACUGCCUCCUGUGGGACUGAGUUCCAGAGAUUAACUAUGCCCUGCAUAAGAAAGGACUUCCUUUUAUCUGCCCUGAAUUCUCCAAAGUCCAGAUACUUCGCAGUUCCACUUACCGUAUUUUUCGCUCUAUAAGACGCACCUUUCCCCUCCUAAAAAGUACAGUGGUACCUUGGGUUUAGUACUUAAUUCGUUCCGGAGGUCCGUUGUUAACCUGAAACUGUUCUUAACCUGAAGCACCACUUUAGCUAAUGGGGCCUCCUGCUGCUGCCGCGCCACCAGAGCAUGAUUUCUGUUCUCACCCUGAAGCAAAGUUCUUAACCUGAGGUACUAUUUCUGGGUUAGCGGAGUCUGUAACCUGAAGCCUAUGUAACCUGAAGUGUAUGUAACCCGAGGUACCACUGUAAGGGGAAAUCUGCGUGCGUCUUAUGGAGCGAAUGCAGGCUGCGCAGCUUUCGCUGAAGCCAGGAGAGUAAAAGGGAUCGGUGCGCACCGAUCCCUCUUGCUCUCCUGGCUUCAGGGAUAGCCGCCCGAAGCCUCCUGAGCUGUGCAUUGCGUUCGCUGAAGCCAGGAGAGCAACAGGGAUCGAUCCCUCUUGCUCUCCUGGCUUCACUUCGCUGGAGAGGCGCUUUCGCUGAAGCCAGGAGAGCAAGAGGGAUCGAUCACUCUUGCUCUCCUGGCUUCGCUUCGCUGGAGAGGCGCUGCGCAGCUUUCCCUCUCUGCUCAGCGCCCCUUCAGCGAAGCGGGAGAAGAAAUGGAAGGGGCUGCGCGUCUCCUGCCGCUUUGCUGAAGGGGCGCUGCGCAGAGAGGGAAAUCUGUGCAGGGCCCCUUUAGCGAAGCGGGAGGAGAAACAGAGCCCCUUCCGUUUCUCCUCCCGCUUUGCUGGAGAGGUGCUGAGCAAAGAGGGAGAGAAUUCCAACACCCCCCCCCCGCUCUCCUCCUCUAAAACUAGGUGCAUCUUAUGGUCGGGUGCGUCUUAUAGAGCGAAAAAUACGGUGCUGUACCUGCUUCAAAUGGAGCCUACAAACAAAUGAAAUUAGAACGAACUGGAGCCUCCAGGCCCAGGAGCAGUAUCUUCUUGAGCCCCAAGUCCUACAGGCACUUCCUCAAGGCCUCUUCUGGUUGGUCACCGUGGAGAAGAGGUUGCAGGGCUUGGUGGGUCCUUGGUCUGACCCAGCAAGGCCAUCCUUGCCUCCUCACACCCACGCUGCCCAGCCUAGAUUGCUGCUCUUCAGGAACUUUGGAUGUCAGUGCAGAAGUGGAAGUAUUUCGCUGCCGGCAUAAGCUGCUGCUGGCUUGGGAGCUUAGGCGUGACCUCAGCCGGAAUGAGUGGAGCUGGAAGGGUUUUCUCUCGGGUCCUGCCUGGGCAUCCCUGUCCUGCUGAUCCUUUUUACUCCCUGCCCUCCAGGCGUCGACUGUGACAUUGACGUCCCGAAAACCAUCCAAAUGGUGCGGUCCCAGCGGUCAGGGAUGGUGCAGACGGAGGCCCAGUACCGGUUCAUUUACAUGGCGGUGCAGCACUACAUUGAAACGCUACAGCGUCGGAUCGAGGAGGAGCAGGUAACGCCUCGAGUCGGGCUUUGAAGCGGGGCUGCUUUGGCUAAGGUCCCAGCGGGCGGGAAGUUCCAGUCUUGCCUUUUAGAAAUAGGAUUGUCCUUCAGAUUUCCCUUCGUAUUCUGGUUUUAGCAUCUGUGUUUGUUGGUUUACGUAUUGUAAGUGUAUUUUAGUUACCUUGGUUAAAAAAAAAAAAGGAACUGGUAAAUUUAAUUAAUAAUAAAACUAAUAUGAUCAAUAAGUGACCUCCCUUGCCUCCAUGUGCUCUCUGUCUCUCUCCCUUUCAGAAGAGUAAGAGAAAAGGCCACGAGUAUACAAACAUUAAAUAUUCUUUAGCAGACCAGGCCAGUGGAGACCAGAGUCCUCUCCCACCCUGUACUCCAACUCCGACCUGCCCCGAGUAAGUAGAUGAUCUCCUUCCCUCUCCAAGAUCACAUGCAAGGGCAAAGUUCGACAUCACAGCCCCCAGAUACAACGGCAAGCGACACGACUGUGACAGCGAUACAGUCGUACCUCGAACGCCUUGCGACCCGGAACGUUUUGGCUCCUGAACCCUGCAAACCCGGAAGUGACUGUUCCAUUUUGCAAACGGUCUUGGGAACCCGAACGUCCGACGUGGCUUCCUACAAUUGGAAGCUGUGCCUGGGUUUCCAAACGCUUUGGAAGUCGAAUGGACUUCCGGAACGGAUUCCGUUGGACUUUCGAGGUACGACUGUAUAUUAAAGAGGAGAAGAAACUUCCAACAAAGGAUGGCAAAAUACCAUUGCAAUUGCAAAGUGUAAAUUUCAGCAAGGUUUACAAGGAACCAAUAUAGGCCCAUUUAUUAUUACAGUAUUAUUAUUACUACUACUACUAUUAUUAUUAUUAAGUUUUUCAUCUAAGCAGAUGAAAAACAGGCAGGCUUCCAGGUAACAUUCUGUUUCCAAGGUCUUCUUCAGGUGUUAACACCUCAAAGGCCGUAUAUUUGCAGUUUUCACAACUGGGAGGACUUCAUCUUCCACUCCUCUGGGCUUAUCCAUGUGAAAGAAGGCCCAGGAUUGCACUGGAAGCAAAAAUGCAGGAGGUGGGCUCCCCUGGGUCGUUCCUGUCCUUGUGCACCAUUAAGAGGCUGCCUUUCCUUGUUACCCAAAUGCCUAGGCGCUGUGGCUUUAUUCACAUGGAAAGAUUUGGCAAGGCUUCUCUUACACUGUAUGUAGAGCAAACCUUUUGGAGCUAUAAUGUAAAGGGGCGGGGAAACACCCACCCACACCUGUGCUUCAGCCUUGAAAAGUUUGCAAACAAAUGGUCUCAUCACAGAAAGAUUUUCUGUGUCUCUGCAGGCUUUUUAAAAAAACAAAUAAAUGCAAAGUUUAUAGUUUUUUUACUGAGCUUAAAUCCUGCUUUUCUUGCUUUAGGAAACAUAAAGCACAUUUCUUCUGUGCCUGGAGCCUUCCAGAUGUUUUGCACCAUGAUUCCCAUCAGCGCCAGACAGCAUGGCUCAUGGGGGGUGUGGUCCAAAACAUUUAGAGAGGAUCCGAUUGGCGAAGUCUGUUCUGAGUGACCCAGCCAUCCAGCAAACAAAUGGAAACAGCAUCAGCGGAAACCUUGUCUUUGUGUUUCUUCUCUGUUUCCAGUGGAUUUUAAAACCCCUUUGCUUCUCCCUCCAGGAUGAGGGAAGACAAUGCCAUGAGAGUCUAUGAAAACGUUGGUCUGAUGCAGCAGCAGAAAAGCUUCAGAUGAGAUGAAAUGAGCAGCGUUCCUUGUGAGGAAGGCAAGUCCGACUUGGGUUGUGGCGGGGCUUAGCAGAGGGUUGCACGUUAAUGGGGAUCAGGUGUGUGCAGGCUGCAAGCAAACUACAUCCUUGCAUUUCCAGAUUCACUUCUCAUGUGCUCCAGUGAAAGAAUCUUGGGAGCAGGGCUGGGAACGACUUCCAGCUCGCACCCAUUAAGACAUGUUGCUAGUCUUUCGUGUCUGAGCACAAUUCAAAGUGUUGGUGCUGACCUUUAAAGCCCUAAAAGGCCUCGGUCCAGUAUAUCUGAAGGAGCGUCUCUACCCCCAUUGUUCUGCCUGGACACUGAGGUCCAGCUCCGUGGGCCUUCUGGCGGUUCCCUAAUUGCGAGAAGUGAGGUUACAGGGAACCAGGCAGGGCCUUCUCGGUAGUGGCAGCAGUCUUGUGGAACGCCCUCCCACCAGAUGUCAAAGAGAACAACAACUACCAGACUUUUAGAAGACAUCUGAAGGCAGCCCUGUUUAGGAAGCUUUUAAUGUUUGAUGUAUUACUGUAUUUUAAUAUUUGGUUGGAAGCCGCCCAGAGUGGCUGGGGAAGCCCAGCCAGAUGGGCAGGGUAUAAAUAAUAAAUGAUGAUGAUGAUGAUGUGGGCCAUUGAUCUGGCUCAAGAUGAAGCAGGUUCUCCAUAGAUUAGCGUGGCAGUCCUUAAAGCUGCAAAGCUCAGGCAGCUUUGGACAGGAGUGGCCACCUAGAUGAUGCUGGAAAUGUAACUUCCAUCAUCCAUCACCUUUGGUCAGGGCUGUAUGGGAGUUGCAGUCCCCAGUCCCCUGUUAUAGCGCCCUCUCUGUAUAUUGUGGAGAAAGGCAUGAGGUAGUCCAGCAUGUGUGCGAUUCUACCUUCCCUAUUCUCAGGGCAGUAUCUCCUAUCUUCACAACAACUUUGUGGGGUAAGUUAGGGCGAGAGAGGUUGGUCCAAGAUGACCCAGCGUGCUUUGUGGCUGUGCGGAUUUGAAUCUGGGUCUGUCCAGGCUCAGUCCAAUACUCCAUCCCCGUUUCACCUUCCUGGUUCCCAAAUUUGAGUUCCAGUCAGCCACUUGGGACCCACUUCUAGUUCCUCUCCUAUUGCAUGUGAUUCCCCUCUGAAUUGAAGAACGGAGAUGAGCCUGAGCAUCUGUUUAAAGGCUCUUUCUUCUUUUCUCCCUUUACAGAACUGAAAUACCAUUUUCUUUUCUAAGAAAGUGAAGCCAAGUGACUUGAGGAGCGUCCCAUGAAGAGGAGUGGACUUUGACAGCUGCAUAGAGCCUCUUAUUUAUGGUGUUUUUAACCCUUCAGUAAUAAGCGGAACUUAAGACUAUCUUUCGGAGAAACUCCUAAUGCCUUUUCUCAACAUUGUCUGAUUUCUACAGUCCCCGAUUUUGUUUUGUUUCCAUUCAACUUGCGGUUCUUUUGCCUCCAGUGCAGACCAAUACUCUGUUGUACUUGAACAUUUUUCUCUCUCUCUCUCCUAGAUGCUGAGGUUUUAAAGCUGUUUCCAAUUAGAUAUAUUUUUUUUUAAAGGAAAAUCCGUUUCUUAUACUUAAAAAAGAAAUCAAGUAGCACGUCAGGUGAUAAACUAAUACUUUUUUCGUUGUUGGAGGUGUGUGUGUGUCAGUUGUGCUAAUUAGACAUUUGUUCCUCCCCUUCUGCCCCCUUACUCUUGGCCCUGCUUCUGGUGAGGAGCCAGUGACCGUUCUGGAACAGGGCACGUUGAUCAGUUAAUUUGUUCAAGACUUUAGUCCUCAAGGUGUCUGUCUUUCUUGGAAACGACGUUGCUUCUCUAGAACUGCCAAUGAUGCAUGGUUUGCACCAGAGAAAACUAGUUUGUUUCUUAGAGCCUGCUGGGCAACUGUUAAGAUGGUUGCUGCUGAAUUCUGAGUGUUUUGGGUCGGGUGGUUGGGGGGAAGAGAGAGAAAGAGAGAGAGAGAGAGAGAGAGAGAGAAAGGGAGUGGUAGCUAAACUCUGAUUCUGUGGUCACAAUGUUGGUGGCGUUCUGGAGUAAGCAGCCCAGCCUCUUUAUCCGAGGCUCGUCUGGGGAGCAAUCUCCUUUACUGCCCUGCCUGUGAGCAUCCCAGGUGGUGUGUUAAAAGCAGGACACUGAACUAAACUGACCGGAAUGACCCACUGGGGUUUUUCUUGUGUUCUCCACCCUCUCUCCUUAAGAGGGGCAAGCGGUCGGAUCUUCGGCAGUUGCGUUUCCCUGAAUGUUGCCUCGGCCGUGUGAAAGGGGAGCUCUUGCUUCACGUUGCCUUGUGAGGGCGGAGGAAGAUCUGGUUUCCAAAAUGUCUUAGCAGCAUAUUCCGUUAAGCAUAGAUGUUCUGUGGUUAACAUUCUGCCUUUUAUUUCAAAGUGCCUUUCCCCUCCUGCCUCCCAGCUCCAAAACCAUCUCUCCCCAGCUGGUGUAGUUUUCCCCCCCUGUCGGUGGAGUGGCGUUCAGCUUCUCUAAGUGGUCCUUUUGUGACCGUUGAAACCGUAGCCCAUCCCGGAAGCAGGACAACACCCUUCCUUGUCCAGCCUUUGCGGGGUUUGGGGGUGUGUGGUGGCAGGUUCUGAUCAGUGGGGUGAGGUGGGGAGGCUUUUUCCGGAGGCCUUUGGUUGGCAGCGUAAGCCAGAGAUGUCCUCCAAGGGCUGCUUUUCCCUUUGAAGCUGCAUGGGAAGCCGACGUGCUUAGGUCAGAGCUGGAAAAACCUAAUUUUAAGGCAGCGCUGUUGGGAAAUCAGCCUCUUGUUGCCUUGGCUGUGCGUACAGCAUUCUUAAAUACAAUUAGGAUUUUUUAAAAAUGUGCACCCAGAAAAACUGCAUCCUGCAGUCUAAAUGAUGUAAAUGGAGCAAACUUGCAUAAUUUCUCUGACUUCUAAUAAUCGGUUCCGUAGUUUUAACUACACCCCCCUCCCCACUUUUUACUGGCAUUGCUGAUUAUGGGGAGAGUAAUGGGGCUAUUAGAUUCCCCUGCCCUCCACUGAGGUUCUGAGAUUUCAGCUUGUGUUGCCUGUGCACUUGAGGACUAGAACCUUGUCUAGUUUUGUUUUGUUUCAAAAGAAAGCUUCUCUUGAAGUUGAAUCCUUCUCUCCCGCCACUUUGUUCAGAAUCACAGUGUGCACACAGCCAUGCUCGUUGCGAGUUCAGCUUGAUUGAAUGGGAGGCCAGGAGGAGUGGAAAUCUUCAACGUUUACUGUCCUUAUAAAAUAAAAAAACCCACAUUUUUUGCCCUAUCUUCUGACUUCAAAUUUUGGAACUCCUGUAAGCGGCUAUGCCUGAUGUUUUGCAUCUUACGCCUCAGCCUAGUCGGGCCACAGAGGAAGCUCCCUUUCUGCCUUCUCCUCAAAUUUCACCUUAGCUUUAGCAGAGACUUUGUCGUAGUUGCGGCCAAGAGGUUGGGAGCGCACGAGAAAGGUGUGUGGCAGAGCCCCCCAACAUUGGACAGAUGGUGCCAUCUGUCCCUACAAGCAGAUGGUACUGGGGUGGGGCGAGGAAUUUGGUCCUGGUGGAGGAAGCUCCUGGAGGUGUAAGAGUUGGACAAGGGCAAUUUUCAGGAGCUGAACCCCACUUACCCAAGCUAAGGCGCAGGGCCAUGCCUUACGAUGGACCUGGGGCAGCAACCAAAAUCGGGGUCCCUGUUUCGUGUUCUCCUCCUUCCCUUCCUCAUACGGAGUAAAAACCUCAACCUGUUUCCUGGUGUCGCAGUGCUAAGUUUCCCUGUGUGCUGUGCUUUGCUCCUCAAAAAAUAAAUAAUUGGGUAUUCCUGGCAGGGAAACCUGUAGCGACCCCAGGGCGCAGUUAAGUUUGGCUGCGUGUUAUGAAACGGGAGAACUAGACACGGGGAUGCCAAUUUUGGCUGCCACCUCACUUUCCUGGGAAGCGCCCGGUUCCAUCCUGCAUCAGCACCCCUGGGUUUCUUCUGAUAGAUGGUUCUCAACGGGAAUGGUUGAAAGCGUACCCAUAGGAUGGAAAUCUUUUUUAAAAAAAGAGUGCCCUGAACGUUGUUGCUUGCCACCUUUUUAAUGCGUUGUGUUGGCUCCUGAGAACUUUGACUUCAAAUUCGAGGGGGCUGAAACCCUGUUCAGUUUUUUUUGGGGUGUGUGUGUGACUGAAGGACUCCAGAAUCACCAGCGCUUCUUCUGGUGGACAUAUUUUAUUUUUUCCCAGAAGAACGAUGCUGAAUCCUUCCUUCCUUCCUUCCUUUGCACCUGCUAAGAGCUGAGUGGAUUGCUGGUGAUGUCAUUGAACGCUGCCCCCCCCUUCUCCCAAUGGUCCCUCAAAUUUUGCUACCUGAAACAGUCACUAUUAUUGUUGUUGUUGUUUUGGAAGGCUUGCCAAAUGAGAGUUUUAAAGGAACAAAAUUCCACCUUGAGCACGGAGCCUGUAGGGAACAUUGAUGCAACCCUAUCUUUCUUAAGACUGACAGGUCUGGCAUCUCCUUCCAAAAUGCAGUGCUCUGUGAUCUCUUCUCUUCUCUCCUCUCCUCUCCUCUCCUCUCCUCUCCUCUCCUCUCCCACCCCAACCUAGAUGUCUAUUAGACCACUGGCUGAAAUAUGCCAUCAGGCAAACAAAUGCUAUAGGACUCUUGACAAGGUGGUCAUAAUCUUGACAUAGAGUGUUUGCCUUUUCUGUCCCAGGAGCUUUUAAAGCAGGAGGAUCAAUACAUGCAAUGGUCCCCCCCAUCUUUAUAUCUGCCCCCCCCCCAGCCUGAGUGAAUACGGUUCAAGAAAAGCUCCACUGUGUGAUACUUGUGACUAGGAUUUCGGUCGCCUGCCUGGUUUAAGUAGGAACGUGGCAUGUUGAAUGUGCGGUUAUUAUUUUUCUCAGAGCACGUGAUUACAGAAUGUCAUUGCUGAAACUUGAAAAAAAACAAAACCUCCAAGAUGAUUGUGCUGAGAUGAGAACUUGAAUAAGAUCUUUGGGCCUUGCUGAAAACCAAAAGGAGACCUGUUCUUGUGGUUGUUGUUGUUUGUUUCUUUAAAAAGCUGUCUUUUUAAAAUAAAGACCAUUGCUGUGAGUGCCCUUUUGCGGAAGCAAAACUUCAGUGAACUUCCGUAGCAAUAGGGACACCCAACCCCUUUCCCAGGGAUGGGACCCACAGGUAGCAGUAUGUAAGGGGGUGGCUGCAUAGAUAUUGUGUCUUAGAAGUUCUGGAUGAAUUUUUGUGGACUUGCAAAUGGAAGGCACAUGGAGGAAUCAGAACAGUUAUCGAAUGUAUUUUAAACGAUCCUUCCUAAAUUGAUCUCUGAAACAGCCAAAGGCUUCAAGGGUUCUAAUGACUUAAUUUUAAAUGUCGGGGAAGAUUUUUUUUUACAUAUUUUGGAGGUCAAGGGAAUGUCCUUUAAUUCUGGAAUUGUCUUGACUUUUGAAAAGUCUGCCCUGUCUUUUCUUUAAGUGGAAAGUUGCAAAAUCUGAGACGUGGAAUAUUUUCACUGAAAAGUUGCAUUUCCCUGGUCUCGCAUGUCCCACCUCCUCCUAUUUUGGGGGAGAGCACUCAGAACUCUCCAUGGCCAAUUUUCCUGACCUUGACGCCAUGCGAGUGAAAUUUAGUGACCCCUCCAGAGGCAGUGAUUCCCAGACUCUUGAGGAAUGUACGGUAACAGGCUAGUUACCUGCUGGCAAAUCUGCUAGGUCUGCAGCAGGGGUGAUUGGAUCAGUCAGUUGCUGCCAAGGCAGAAAAAAUUAUCCAUGCUCAGAGGCUGCUCUUUGUCAUGUCUCUGCAUGAGUUUGGCAGCACACCCAGAUCAGGGACUCAUACAGAGGGGCCUGGUGCUCUUCUAAGGGCAGAUAACACUUAUUCUUUCACAUACCGUAUUUUUCACCCUAUAGGGCACACUGGCCCAUAGGGCGCACCUCAUUUUGGGGGGGGGGAAAUAAAUAAAUAAAAAUUUAUUUCCCCCCCAGCCACGGGGCUGGGGCGGGGGAAGCCCGAGCUUCCCCAGCCCCCAGAACAGGCUGUUGCCUGCAAGCCCGCGGGAACUCCCGCCGGGCGCGCAACGCUUGCGGAUAGCUUCCUGAAGCCUGGAGAGCUUGAGGGGUCGGUGCGCACCAACGCCUCUUGCUCUCCAGGCUUCAGCGAAAGCCUGCAUUUGCCCCAUAGGAUGCACACACAUUUCCCCUUCAUUUUUGGAGGGGGAAAAGUGUGUCCUAUAGGGCGAAAAAUACGGUACUCUAAGGCUUUUGGAGUUUGUGAGUGAAGAAUGUCUCCUUUUUUCUAAUUUAAGAGAAAAGCAUUACCUCAGAGUUUGGGAAGCCCUGGCCUAUGAGGAUGAUCCUUGCCGGUGUGCCAUUGCUUACUGAAUGUUUGAUGAUAACGUACUUCCAUUUUUUCACCGACUCUUUAGAAGAAAGCUCCUGUCAGUCUCAACGAAAUGUUUUAUUCCCCCCUCCCCCCAUGAAAUUUCAUGUUUAAAACGAUUUUACUUUGUUAUUCUGUAGUGAGAAACGAUAGCUUCUGUUGUUAAAGGUAUGUGGGGAGACGAUAAAUGAAAUAACUGGGAACUAGCUGGGCUGGAAAACUCGCAAACUAGAAAUUUUGAGCAAUUUGACGUAUUUCUCAGCCCCAGAUACUAGGAUGGGGCGGAGGCUUUAUAUCAUAAUUUUGUGUUGUGUUUUGUUAUUAUUUCUCCAAAUUUUAAUCCUUAAUGCCUGUCUUCUUUAAUUUAUGAACACCCUUGUGACUUUUUUUAUAUAUAUAUAUAAAAAAAACGACGCUAACGGCUCGACGAGAGAAGAUCUCUGUUAUAUUCAUCUAGGUUGAAAAAUAGCUUUCCCCCUUCCUUAUUCUCUUCCCCCUCUUCCAGCAAUGUAUGAAGUAUUGUACCAGAGUAUUAAAUGAAAUGUAAUAUUUUAUUGAGGGGGGAGGGAAGAGAGAGAAAAAGGACCUCAGCCUUCUCCUUUAAAAGGAAUGCAUACGUCAACAGGUUUUAUGUGAAUCGUGUACAUGUUCCAGAUGCGCUCCGACAUCCAGAAGGGGCGCAGCUCACAGCCAGACGCUUGGCCUGGGUCGUCCCCAGCCUGCAGGUUCUCGCCGGCGUGUGGGGCUGGCCAGAUCGCCCCCCACGCUGUUUCAAAGCCCUCGUCUUCACUGCCUUCAGUGCCCAUGUAUCCUGUAGACCCUUUUGCAAUCAUGUGACAUUAAAAGGCAAAAGAAGAAGAAAAAGAUCACGUGUAGAAAACUUAACUGAUUUGUCUUGUCUGUCCCCAGCCUGUAUUUAUGGGUGUUGAAGUCUGGCUGCGUCGCUGGCUGUGCUGUGUUUUUGUUUUCAAUUGCUCCAAGGCUUAUUAUCCAGAGUAAAAGCAUUAUUUGUAAAACAACAGAACUUAAAAAAUAUAUAUAGGAAUAAAAAAAAAAUCCAUUUUCUUAUACCUGUUUCUUGAAUGCUUUUGUAUCGCUAGUGCAGGGUGAUGUUAGUUUGCGUCUGUGGGAAUUCUGUGUGAAAACUCCCGAUAAUGCAAUUAGUAUAAAUUAGGCAGUGCUUGUGCAUUCACAUGAAUUCUUACAUGGAAAUACUUCUCCCAUAUGCAACUCUUCUUCUUAUGGAGAAUUUGGUGCAUUUGGGCUGGGAAUGUAAAUAGUCAAGGGGUGAGAGAGAAGAGGUGGG